AUGGAGAAAAUCAUCUACGACUUCUACUCUGAUCUCUUCGACAGCCAUGUCCACUUGCCUCCUCUCCAUCUGAGGGAAGAUGGACAAGUCAUUCCAGAGGUUCUCCCGUCCGAAAUACGACAUGCUAUCAUGUCAGUAAGAAAUCGUACGGCACCCGGUCCCGACAGAAUAAGACCAGAGCACCUGAACAGCCUUCCGCCAGUACUCAUCAACACCCUGGCGAGGCUCUUUAGACGUUAUCUGUUGGAAUGCAAGGUUCCUAAACAGUGGAAGACCAGCAAGACCAUGCUGUUGUAUAAAAAGGGAGAUCCACAUGACAUCGGCAACUAUCGUCCAAUCUGCCUACUGUCCGUCAUCUACAAGCUCUUUACAAGAGUAAUCCUUAAUAGGAUUGAAAAAGUUUUGGAUGAAGGACAGCCAUGCGAGCAAGCAGGGUUUCGAAAAGGAUUCAGCACCACUGACCACAUUCACACUGUUUCAAAACUCAUCGAGGUAUCACGAGAGUAA